ACUCGAUUUUAAGUAUAGAAAACAAAUGAUUUCCUUCCCAAAGGUUCUACUAUUUACCGAAAAUAGCCGUCAUUCUCAGCCCUAGGUUUAACUCCUUCUGAAGAAAUACCUUCAGAGUCGACGACGAUAAUAAUUUCAAUCUUCAUAGAGUAUAGUAGUGAUAAUCAUGGAUAUGUCUCAAAAUGACCUAGAUCGACUAAUGUUCUUUGAUCAUGCUCGUAAAACUUCUGAGGUAGCUUAUGAAGCCAAUCCUCUUGAUGCUGAUAAUCUUACAAGAUGGGCAGGAGCUCUACUCGAGCUAUCCCAAUUUCAGAGUAUAUCUGAAUCUAAGAUGAUGAUUAAGGAUGCAAUUUCCAAACUGGAGGAGGCACUAGGAAUUAAUCCAAGAAAGCACGAUGCCCUAUGGUGUUUGGGAAACGCUUAUACUUCUCACGCAUUUCUGACUCCCGAGCUUGAUGUGGCAAAGGGAUAUUUUGAUAAGGCAUCUGUUUACUUCCAAGAAGCAGUUGAGGAGGAUCCAGCGAAUGAGCUGUACCAAAAGUCUUUAGAAAUGAACUCAAAGGCUCCAGAACUGCAUAUGGAGAUUCAUAAACAGGGGUUCGGUCAAACCCUUACAGGGGGAGGAGGAUCUUCAACCUCAUCAAACAUGAAGGGCGCUAAGAAGAAGAAAAACACUGAUCUGUAUUAUGACAUAGGGGGAUGGUUCGUCCUUGUACUUGGCAUUGCUGUAUGGAUUGGGUUUGCAAAGUCCCAGGCUCCACCAUCACCUCCAAGAUAAGAAAAGAAAGAGUAACGGGGAGACUCUUGGAAGUUAAAUUUACAAGUUCAUGGAAUUGCUAUUGCAAUGCUGCAUUUUGAAUUCUGCUGAGUUGUAUUUAGAAACUUGAGCUAGCUUAUGGUUCAUUAUCUAUCUAUUAAUUUGAUUUUGAGUGGGAAAUGUUUUCCUUUUUCUUCUAUCUUUAAUUUUUAUAUUUGGUAAAUGUUUGUUCUAGUUCAAAAUCCUGGCUUUAACCAGGAAAAGGGAAAAUUCUUCUGAUUAAUUAGUAAUCAAGUCUCUGUUGAAAUAUACACUUG